AUGGCAUCGCCCAGUUCCCAAGUCUUCCUGGCUCAAGAGCGCCUGAAAGCGCUUCUCCCUACGAUUACCCAGCUUCGAGAAACGACAGGUGCCGCGUCUGUUUCAUUCGGCGUUCUUCAUUACGGAGACGUUGUCUUACAAGGCACCGAUGGUUUUCGUGACGCGGAGAAGCAAAUACCGGCAAACAUUGACACGGCUUAUGUAAUCGGCUCAAGCAUGAAGGCUAUGAUGGCCUCCUGCUGCGGGAUGCUAGUACAUGAGGGAAAGCUUGCUUGGGACGAUGAACUAUCCAAACAUGUGAAAUUCCAUCACGCCUUGGACCCUGUUCUCGGGAACCGCGCUACCGUUCACGACGCGCUAUCUCACACUACUGGGAUCGCUCAGCUAGACCUUUCAUGGUAUGGAGCAUCAGGAAAGAACCUGAUCCAUCCCAAAGAUGUGCUACACGUUGUAGCUCAUCUACCCAUCACCACCAGGUUCCGCUCUCAGUGGAGCUAUUGUAACUAUAUGUACGUUAUUAUGGCGAAGGUUAUUGACCAUGCGAUUGCUGAGGACGGCGGCUGGUCAAGAUUCUUGACAGAACGACUCCUUGAACCAUUGGGGAUGCAGCGAAGCAAAUUAUCUCGGGAUGCUUUCAGUGACGAUAAUGUUGCUGAGCCACAUUACGUCAAGGAUGAUCUGACUCCUGGUCAACUUCCACGGCCAGACCUUUCUUCAGAUACGCUUAUGGGUCCCGCUGGCUGCCUUUGGUCUACUGUCCCAGACAUGCUGAAAUGGGUAAGGGCAGUUCUAACCAGCGUCAACCCGGAUCGCGAGUCAGGCCAUGAGCCUAUUGUUCUCAAAGAGAUGGAUACCAUCACAGCGCAUCAAACCCAACUUGCCCAUCGUGGCCUGUUUGAGAACACUUAUGGCUAUGGCUGGUCUCGCUUGUCCAUGCCCUCGGCAAUGUAUGGUUUUAUGUCAACGAACGGCAAUAAACAAGAGCCCAUUCUUGGCAGGGAUUCCGAUCGGCGUCUGAUGUUGUAUCAUGGCGGUCAGGUCACAGGUUUCCUGAUGACUUUAUGCAUCUUCCCAGAAGCGCAGUCAGCAAUCGUUGUGCUCAGUAAUACUCAAGCACUGGGCGACGCUUCAGAUUGGACAGCUCGAGCAAUAAUGCAAGAAUUGUUCGAACUUCGGCCAUCAAUCGAUCUGGUUGCGCAAGCAAAGCUUACGGCACGUCAGGCUUUGGGACUGUAUGCACGUCUGAUGGGCGACUACAUCAAGAACAAAAGUCAGAGUGAGGAUGCAGACCUAGAUGACAAGUUUGGAGUCUACGUAAAUGAAGGGUUAAAACUUCACAUAGAUAUUCGUCCAACCAAAAAUCGUGACAAGGUAGGCGAAUUCUUCCUCAAUGUCCGGCUAAGCCAUGCACAUGCCCAAACCGGUCAGACUCAGCGCCCAAAGAACGGUGAGAACUCCGACGAUCUUGAAUUUAUGACCAAUAACCAAGAAGUCUCUGCUUACUGCAUUGUUAGCUUCGUCCUUCAUUAUUCGUAUUUUGUUGGUUAUUACCAAAUCGCACCGCCUGUUAACACUAUCACAGACGUCAUUGCCUACCGUGCCACGCUCGCUUCGGAAAGUCGCUAG